ACAUGCUUCUGUUCAAACGGCAAGCAAUGCUCUAUUUGCUCCUCUGAGAAAACAAGAAAGAUCUCAAUCUUCUUGCUUGAAAGCCAAUUUACAACAAGUCAGAAAUUUGAAGAAACUGCCUUUCUUGAUGAAAGAUGUAUACUUUGUCAUUGCUGCAUGUUUCCCUCCUCAUCCUUCACAUUCAUGGCGGGACUAGUUGGAAGGUCCCCCACCAAGCAUUUGACAACCUCCAGUUACCUCAUGGUCAUCAAGUGCCACUGGGCAUGGAUAACGAUGAUGAUAUAAAUAUCUACGGCGCUACAUCAUUUGCCGGUCUGAGAACGUUUGCCAACUUGCCCUUUGUAGACUGCUUCUCUGAUGAGCAUGCAGAGGGUCAUAAGUAUGACAUUGCGGUCUUUGGCGCGUCCCACGACACAACUACCACUGGCCGUCCUGGAGCUCGGUUUGGUCCGCCUGCCAUUCGAAGCGGGAGUCAGAGAAAGUCGCCCGGGGAAUGGAGCGUGUACACAGGAAGAAACCCUUUGCAAGACUGGGCGACCGUCGUAGACUGUGGCGAUGCCCGUCUGACUUGGCUGGAUAACAUGGCUUCGCUAAAGCUUCUGGACAAAGCCCACACCGUCAUUUCGGGCAGGCCGGCAGCGAACUCGUCGGUGUCAAACACGCCGAGGAUACUCACGCUCGGAGGAGAUCACACCACGACGCUGUCUGCCUUACGGUCGACCUACCAGAGAUGGGGCCCCGUGUCUGUCAUUCACUUUGAUAGUCACAUCGACACCUGGGAUCCCUUAGUCUUGGGUGGUGGGAUAUCCGACUACGCGGGUCUUAACCAUGGGACAUUCCUUCAUAUCGCCCACGAAGAGCAUCUGAUCUUGAACACCUCAAUUCACGCGGGAAUCAGAGCCCCUUUGAUCCGACGAAAGGGUGAUUUGCGCAACGACGUCCGAUGUGGUUUCGAGAUUGUCACAGCACGCGAUUUGGACAAGCUCGGGGCCCACGGUGUCAUCUCGAAGCUCAAAGAGCGAGUCGGAGACUCUCGAGUCUAUAUCAGUGUUGAUAUAGACGUACUUGAUCCGGCCUUUGCACCCGCAACUGGUACUGCUGAGCCGGGUGGCUGGUCUACAAGGGAGCUUCUGACCAUCCUCGAUGGCCUCGAGGGCCUCUCUGUUGUGGGUGCCGACGUAGUCGAAGUCGCGCCUGCCUACGAUAAUAACGGGGAGACGACUGUGCUCGCCGCGGCCGAGGUCGCGUAUUCGUUGAUCGAUCUUAUGGUCCUAAAGCCUGUCCAGUAAACGCUGGUUGCUGGUAGAAACAGCUUUGGUAAAGUGAGACGAGGCACUCGGCUUGUUGCAAGAUACUGGUCCGAGUCUGGCGGCCAGCUCAGGGAAGGCACGGUGGGGAUGAUCCUUAAAAGGGAAGCUACGUCGUAUGCGGGCCAAAGUGACCGAUCAAUAUCAUACAUCUGACUGUGUAAGGGGCUUCGAAUAGCUAAGCUUUAACUGUGUAUAUGCUGCGUUCAUUGUGAGAAGGACUCGAUGACUUGGGAACAAUCAAACAAUGCCUUUGAAGAUGUUCUGCAGCUUGUGUUGAGUCUUUACCGCCGGUGAAAAAAGAAAUAGGC